AUGGCGGUACCCGCCUUAUCCGGUCAGGCUGUGACGCUCCUCUGCGGUCUCUUGUGCCUCUAUGUCUUCAGGAUUAUCACGACGUAUGUCAAGUUGAUGCAGUUCCGGGGACCUCCGGGGACCGGCAUCUCGAACUGGCCUCAUAGUAUGGCGAUGCUUCGGGGCAAAUGCCACGAGUGGUACGCAGAAGUCAGCAAGAAACAUGGUCCGAUCGCCCGUGUCGCACCCCAAGUGCUGAUCACAUCGUCUCCAGAAGUUUGGAUGCACGUAAACAACAAGCCUGGCUACAAGCGCUCCGAUUGGUACUACAAAGCCGCACGAAUCGAGUACCGGAGGGACAAUGUCUUCAGUCAGACUGAUAACGCGAAACACGCGGAACGGAGGAAGCAGAUGGCUCCAGGGUAUUCCGGAAGGGAGAAUAUCCAGCUUGAGGGGUCUAUAGAUGAACGACUUCAAGAUUUCUUGAACCUCAUCCGGUCCAAAUAUAUCUCGUCCGACCGCCGUGUUGUCCCCAUGGACCUAGCGAAAAAGGUUCAAUAUUUUACACUCGACGUCAUUAGCAGCGUGGGCCUUGGCAAGGCGUUCGGCAUGUUGCGUAGUGACCAUGAUGUGGACGACUACCUGCAAUCCAGUGAGCAGGGACUUGCUAUCGGCAAUACCGCCCUUGCUAUUGGCUUCAGCUGGAUCACCCAAAUGCCCUUCAUCGGCAGGUUUAUUGCACCUUCGCCUAAGGAUAACAACGGCUUCGGUAAGAUGAUGGCCACAUGCUUCCGCUUUGUUGAAGAGCGCGCUGCGGGCCCCACAAACGAAAAAUCCGAUAUGUUAGCCUCCUUCAUGCGCCACGGUUUAGCGGGUGACGAACUGCGCACGGAGGCCCUAGAGCAAAUCAUUGCGGGCUCCGACACCACUGCUAGCGCCAUCCGUGGCACCCUUCUGUACCUCAUGACGAAUCCCCGUGUCUACCUCAGGCUACAGCGCGAGAUUGACGAUGCCGCGCGCAGUGGUCGAGCUCCGAGCAAGGACGAAGGUCUUAUUACUGCCGCCCAGGCUAGGAAUCUCCCAUACCUCCAGGCCGUGAUCCGUGAAGCUCUGCGAGUCUGUCCGCCUGUAACGAACAUCUUCCCGCGUGAUAUCCCGCCAGGUGGUGACACUCUUAUCGUCGACGGCGAGAGCGUGUUCUUACCGGGCGGCGCCUGCAUCGGGUACUCGGCAUGUGCUAUGCACCAGAGCGAGAAGAUCUAUGGCCAGGAUGCAGAGGCUUUCCGACCCGAGCGGUGGCUCGAGUCGGACCCUGCCAAGUUGGCUGUCAUGGUUCGGACCAACGAACUCAUAUUCGGUCACGGCAAAUUCCAGUGUUUAGGGAAGACAGUGGCCCAAAUUGAGAUUGGAAAGACGAUAUUCGAGCUGUUGCGUAACUUCGAGCUGGCACUUAUCAGUCCCACGCGUCCCUGGGAUGCACGGAACUACCUUGGGCUUUUCGCAAUUUCAAAUAUGCAGGUGCAAGUGAUGGAGCGAGUGCCCUGUUCUCCUUGA